AGAUAAAAUAUUUGUUUAUGCACUGUGAAUUGUUAUAUAGGGUAGUGUGUUUAUACUUGUUGAGUCGUGUGUUUGUUUCGUUGUGCGGAAGGAACUAUCUAUCUGUCUAAGUAUUCUGUUCUUGUUUCGUUGUGCUGAAGGAACCAUCUAUCUGUCUAAGUAUUCUGUUCUUGUUUCGUUGUGCGGAAGGAACUACCUAUUGGCUUGAGUAUUGUGGGUUUGUAUCAUUGUACGGGAGGAACCAUCUAUCUGUUUGAGUAUUGUGGGUCGUUUCGUUGUGCAAUUGUUGCUUCAUUCGUAUUUGCUGUUGUUGAUCCUGAACUAAACUAUGGGACAAGUUUUGGGAUGCAUUCAAGUGGCUCAGUCGACAGUGGCUAUUAGCGAAAGAUUUGGAAAGUUUGAAGAUGUGCUUGAUCCUGGAUGUCACUGUGUUCCAUGGUGCUUAGGUAGCCAGAUAGCUGGUCAACUCACCUUGCGAGUUCAGCAACUUGAUGUUCGCUGUGAAACUAAAACUAAGGAUAAUGUGUUUGUUACCGUGGUUGCAUCUGUGCAAUACCGAGCUGUGUCAGAAAAAGCUGAAGAUGCUUUCUAUAAGCUCACUAAUACCAGGGAACAGAUCCAAGCUUAUGUUUUUGAUGUUAUUCGUGCUAGUGUGCCCAAAUUGUACCUUGAUUCUGUUUUUGAGCAGAAGAAUGAUAUUGCAAAAUCUGUUGAACAAGAGCUAGAGAAGGCCAUGUCAGCUUAUGGUUAUGAGAUAGUUCAAACUCUUAUUGUGGACAUUGAACCUGAUGUGAAUGUCAAGAGAGCAAUGAACGAGAUCAAUGCAGCUGCUAGAAUGAGACUGGCGGCAAAUGAGAAGGCUGAAGCAGAAAAAAUACUGCAAAUAAAGAAAGCUGAAGGAGAGGCAGAAUCCAAAUACUUGGCAGGGCUGGGUGUAGCUCGGCAGCGUCAAGCUAUUGUUGAUGGGCUGAGAGACAGUGUGCUCAACUUCUCUGAGAAUGUACCUGGCACAUCUGCCAAGGAUAUCAUGGACAUGGUAUUGAUAACUCAGUACUUUGACACAAUGAAAGACAUUGGUGCUUCGUCAAAGUCAUCCUCUGUGUUCAUCCCUCAUGGCCCAGGUGCUGUUAGGGACAUUGCGACUCAAAUCAGAGAUGGCCUCCUCCAGGCACAAACAAUGGAGAAGUAGGAUCAGUAGGGUCGUUGCUUUUAUCAAGUUUGUGUAUAUAGGUCCAGUAUGAACUUCAAUGGAGUAAAUAAUGUUCAGUAUUGCUUGGUGUAGUAUAGAAAUCAUAGAUGGUUUAAUUUGGCAUCAUAAUGUUUUGUAGCUUUGAUUAAGUAACUAAACUUACUAGUUUGCCACACAUUCUGUUAAGUGGUGUUAGUAAUGUUUGUUGUAAUGAAAUUUAUAUGUUGCGCAGCUUUUUUAAAGUUCAUUUCUCAUUGCUGCUCCA